CCCUGGUCAACCUUGCCAUCGAACUCGACCUUGGCCGUCGGCUCUCGUCCCGCCCCUUACUCACCCCCUCCGCCAUGGGCUUCGUCUCUGAACAGCUCCAGGCGCGGCUCGCCAGGAUUGACUCACAGUUGGCCACGUCGUCUUCCUCGUUCCAGCUUCUCUUGCUCGACUCGCCCGAGCUCCAGGAAUCCGUCUCGAAGCAAGUCACCCACUCACUCUUCCGCCAUGUCCACAGCCCGGCGUUCUCGCUGGUGUCAUCAGAUGGUACCUCUCCGGCCGCGUUUGCCUUAGACCCUUUCUACCCAUCCACCGACAACGUCACCAGUCAAGGACGUAGCGGCCACUCGGACUCACAUAUCCCCUCGAUCGAUACCAUCGAAAGCACCAUCCACCAAUGUCGUCAGUUGCUCUAUGCAGAGGAAACGGCGACCUCUGUUUCCGAGGUUCCUCCAGCAAAGCCUGACGAAACUGCGAGCACGCUGGAGAUAUUGCUUCUUGCCAAAGCUGCUUUGGUGAUCCACGCGCACCUUGUCGAGAAGAUCCUCGCUCAAUCGACCUCGAUCGUCCCAAGCAUGGGUCAUUGGCUGGAUGUCGAGGGCUCGAAUUUUUCCAUUGGCCUCUAUCUCGUACAAACGCUUCCUGAACGGCUCUUCCGACUCGUGGCUUCGGCCUGGGCAAAACAUCAGCGGCCCUCGCUUGCACAGCUCUUCACUUCCCUGACAUCGCUGCCGUUGUCGCUCUCGCUCUUUUCGGAUACGACCAUCUCGGCAGCUUCACAUCUGUCGCUUUCAAAGUCCAGUCGCAAUUUCAAGUCGUUCCUAUCCUCGAGCACUAUUGGCCUAAAGAACUAUAUGCUCUUUGCGCCGUCGCUGCUGCAGCUGACUCGCACAGAGAUAUCGAAGAAAAGACUUGCUCUCUGGCGGGCACACGAAGUUCAGGCUGCGUACCUGGGCCUGUUGACCAAUCGUGGACUCAACUUGAACGAGCUUAGCCAAGUCCGUGUGGAUGCUUCCGACAAGACCUUUAUCCUUCAACUCAAGUCGCACGUCAAUUGGAGUUUGGGCCUCAUGCAGAGCAUCAUGGACAAAACGCAAAAGCUAGACCACGACGAUGAUAUGGAGGCUAUCCUGAUGGAUCUUGAUGUUGUUGUAGAGGUGGAAGAAGGUACCGACUUUUCCACCAAAAUCAUAUAUGAUCGAGCGCUCGCUGCAAUCUCUUCGCUCAAGACUUUGGAGGGCCACUAUGCGCACCUCGGGCGGAGCCAUGGCCGCCCAUCGUUUGUCACGCGUUGGUGGCUGCCGGCUUCCCUCGGUGCCUUUGCCGCAUGGAAGCUGUCCAAGGUCCUGACCGGCCAAGUGAUCAGCGACUACAUCACCGAGAUUGGGCUCACAGUCCACUCCUUUGCGUCCGAGUGGAUUUAUAAGCCUCUUCGUGAUAUUUGGAUGACGAUUCGCCACCAAGAGGCACAGCUCGCCCUUCUCGGAGCAGAGUCAUUGAACUCGGACAUUGAGUCGCUAGAGCGAAUGGUUGUCGACUUUGCCAAAGACCAUGGCGUCGCAUCGACCUCCGAACUUCAAGACAUUAUUGGAAGGGCUAGAGUCGGGGACGUGACGGUUGUGCUCCGGCGAUAUGAAGAAGAGCUCAAACAGCCCCUCCGAAACGUGGUGUUUGGCGACUUGAUCCGCACCUUGCUCAUUCAGGUGCAAAAGACAAAAGUCGACGGCGAAGUUGCAAUGACGGCGCUGGACAAGCUGCUCAAGGCGAACGAGCUCAACUUUGCCUUCUUGGCAACGGUUCCAUCGCUUCUGCUCGUUUAUAGCGUCGGAUAUCAGCUCCAGCAGCUGUGGGGAAGCCGCAUGGGAAUCGGGCGCACCAACGCCUAUCAAUCCAUCCGCCAUAGUCUCAGAACAAUCGAGCGUAUUCUGAAUUUAGCGAGCUCGCCCAAGGAACUGAGCUUGACGGAUGAUGAAACCACCGAUAUCCCGGCCUCCCGUCUCUACCUGCCCUACCGCGAGCAGGGCCUGGUGCUGAUGGAGGUACAUCGCUUGCGCCAGAACACCAGCUUCAUCCCGACAAAGGGCCAGUAUCGGACCAUGUUCAUGCAGGAUUUGCGCGAGCUUGAAAGCAUGGACCUAGCUGUUUCGCAGCGGCUCGGCACCAUCAACCGGAUGUGGAGAACCUAUCCGUUCUGGAGACAAACCCUUUAAUGCUGCUCACACGCGCGCCCAGAAGCGCAUGCUUGUUCCGGUCUUCACAAACCCAAAUGGACACCUUGGCUGUGAGAUCGCCGACCAUUGGAUCUCAGGAUGCGAAUAUACAUGCCCGUCCGUCAUUCACAAA